AUGAACAUCCUUCCUGCAGAAAUAGACAAUCCGAUAAUAAAAUCUGCUACGAUGCAGGUGAAAUCUAGCAUCGAGGCAGUUCUCAUGGAUACCUUGAAGAGGAUCACAGUUGAAGGAGACUCCACGGGGCUGGCUGUCAUGAAGCUAGAAGACAAUUUUUCUAACAGCAAUUUAAUUUUCAGUUUGAACUUUGAAAAGUACUCCAGCUAUUAUGAUCUUCUUGAUUCAAAUUACAAGAAAGAUUUUGAGGAAAUUGCAAGGGUUGGGAAGGGAGCUUAUGGCUCAGUUUACAAGGUUAAAAAGUAUUCAGACAAUAACAUUUAUGCUGUAAAAGUAAUCAAACUGAAAGGAUCAAAAGAGGAUCUUGAGGUUUACGUCAUAUUUAUGUUCAGGGUAGAGAAUUUCAUGUCAAACGUACAACUCUACAUACAAAUGGAAUUUUGCCCAUCAACGUUAGAAAAAUGGCUUGAUGUAAGAAAUGAAAAAGAGAGUUUUAAAGAUGAAGACAAUAGAACGAUAAUGGAGCAGAUAUUGAGAGGCAUUCAGCACUUGCACAGUAUGAACGUCAUCCAUAGGGACCUGAAGCCGCUGAAUAUUCUUAUGGAUUGCGAUAAGUUACAGAUAAAAAUAACGGAUUUUGGUUUAUCUAGGGAAUUAUAUUUGAAAUUAUCGUGCGAUGGCAACACCAAAGAAAUUGUUGAAAAGGAGGAAGUGUUAUUAACAUCACAUGUUGGCACGCAGCCAUACAUAGCUCCUGAAAUUCAAGGAAGUUCAUACGAUUUUAAAGCAGAUUUGUACAGCGUAGGCUUAAUUGCAUAUGAAAUAUUCUGUCCUAUGCAGUCAAAAUCUGAAAAAUAUAAAAAAUUUGAUCAAUUGAAAUCACAUUCUGAAAUAGACCAAAAAUUCCAGCAAGAACAUCCGUCGGAAGCAGAUCUAGUAAUACAACUGACGCAAAAGGAUCCAAAUAAUAGACUGACUGCUUUUGAGGCCUUGAACCACAAACUUUUUCAGUCAAAAAAUCAAGGUAUGUCUAAUCAUUCUUUUGAGUUGGUCAAACAUGAAAUAGAAGUUUUAAAAGAGGAAAUAAACUGUAUAAGAAAUGAAGUCUCUCAGCAUAAGAAAGAAGUUGACAGUUUUUUUCGUCGAAUUUUCUAG